AUGGGUGAGCCACAGCAGAAGACCGUUACAGAGUCCCCAGGUAAAUCCCCAGCAAGGCCUUCGCCGCCGCCAACGCCCGGCCGGCUGCCGGUAUCGCUUGUCCAACCAUCCCAAAAGAAGAAACACAGAACCAAAGUACUGAGACUAUUUCGCAACGUAUUCCGAUCGUUCCCCAUCAUAACGCCAGUAUGCAAGACGGGGCACCUCCCGCUCGGCAUACCGGACGGCCAUCGCAGCACUUCCGGCACCCGGGUCACCGUCACCAUGUUCGGUUACCGGAAAGGACGCGUAAGCCUGUCCAUGCAAGAAAACCCGAGGUGUCUGCCCACGUUGGUGGUCGAGCUUGCCAUGCAGACGAAUGUGCUGCAGAAGGAGAUGAGCUCCGGGAUGGUCAGAAUCGCUCUUGAGUGCGAGAAGAGACCGGAAAAGGACAAGACGAGGUUGUUGGAGGAGGUUUUGUGGACGAUGUAUUGCAAUGGGAAAAAGACCGGGUAUGGGUUGAAGAGGGAGGCUACAGAUGAGGAUUUGAAUGUGAUGGAACUCCUCAGGCCGGUUUCAAUGGGUGCCGGCGUUCUCCCAGGGAGCUCUGGGGUUGAUGGGCCGGACGGUGAGUUAGCCUACAUACGGGCCCAUUUCGAACGGGUCGUCGGCUCGAGAGACUCCGAGACACUGUACAUGUUGAGCCCGGAAGGGAACACUGGGCCUGAGCUCAGUAUUUUCUUCGUAAGGAUUUGAUGAAAAUUCAAUUCACAACAAUUAUUUCUUCGGAUUUUUAGUAAUUUGAGCAGGUAUAUGAUUUACUUGGCCGAGUCUUGUAUUGUGGAUGCCAAUCUGAUCGUUAUACAUGUGAAUUAGGGCAC